AUGGAACAAUCUGGACUUCAAUCCUUCAUGCCUGACGAGAGGAAUCCUCUCCAAUGUCCGAAAUGCCUCAAGAAAUUCAAGCGGCGAGACUUGGUAAUGCGCCAUCGACGGCGCUGUCUGCAAAAGAACCCCACCACCCGCCAGAAGGCGUGCAAUGCAUGCGUCCAGGCAAAGGCAAGGUGCAGUUAUUCCCAACCGAUCUGUGCGCGAUGUGCGAAACGGGGAAUGUCCUGCGAAUACGCGGCCAGGGUGUCCAAAGUUACGGACUCUGCCAACGACUCUGAUCGGACUGCAGCCAGGACUACGGAGCCCGGUGGUCAAUUGGACCUCUGGGGAUCGGACAGCCUUCCCUGGUCCUUGGACUUGGCUGAUAUCCCACUGGACGUGAUCAGCGACAACCAUAACCCAGCUCUCCCAAACGCCGAUUCUAACCUCGUACCCCCAUCACAGCACGAUAAGCAAUAUUAUGACGUGCUGGGCAUACCUGAUAUUGUAGUGGUCCCGAAUCCAACGUUUGAGGUGGACCCUGACCUUUCCAGAUCAGACCCGUCCCAGUGUCUGCGACUGCUAAUGCAGUAUCCAAUGCUAUUAAUGAAGGAUGAUUUCCACUGCCCUUUCGCGCAUCGCAGUCUCUUCAGCGAAGAUGUGCCCGACAUGACCGUUUUGGCUCACACGCCGGUUGCAAUCUGCUGCGCGAGUGGAUUGCUUUCAAAGCAGAGUGCGCCUUUUGUGAAGCGUACUAUGAACGCCCAACGGCAUAGUAUAAUUGAAGCAUAUCCCGACUAUACCUGCAUGGAACAAUGGGACGCCCUGCAUGCGAUGCUCCUGUAUGAGAUCCUCGAUCUUUCACCUGUCGAGGAGGGAAUACGCUGGAAGCAGCGCCCUCGUGGUCUGGUAAAGACCUCGUUCCUAGCUCGAAUGGCCAGGGAGUACUCGGAAAAGUAUGUAGAAACGUAUGAUGCGUCUCUGUUGCCAUCCCCUGGCACCUGGACUAAAUGGGUGGUCGCUGAAAGCGCCCGGCGCACUGUCUUCCUGGCGAAUAUCGUCAACUUCUUGAGCAAACGGGACAGUCAAUCGAAGAAGCUAUCAGUAAACUACCAGCCACUCGGUGAUGAGCUGAUCCUGAACAUGCCUCUACCCUGCUCACAGACUCUCUGGGCUGCCCGCACAGAAGAAGAGUGGGAGCAAGCAAUUGCCACUGCGCCGAAACAUAACGAUCCAUUUUCAAUCUUCAUGGACAAUGAGGAUACUUCGCAGUUAUCACUGAGAUCUCUGUUUUCAAUAAUGAGCGAGGAUGAUCUCCGGGUGAGGGCACAGUCCACCGCCGGGUUUGGCGACUCCGACCAGCUGCGAGCGUUUAUUGUUCUCUGUGCAUUGGAGCAAUUUGGACAAAUAAGACAUUGUUGCACUUCCAUGAGUUAA